GAAGCCAGAGCUGUUCGAAGUAAAAACUUUAUAGUGCCAGGCUAAAUAUUUUCUGAGUACUAGGGGUGGUGCUAAAUGCAAAUACCAUAUUUGGGAACAGUUUUAUCCCAAUGUUUUCUCCUCCCGAUUGUGGCCAAUAUUAUUUGGAUUCAGAUCUUUUCUUUUAUUCCCACCUCUUUGAUGCCAUUUGCUCAGAAGUCAGCACCAAGUUUCUCAAUUAGACACACACACCUGCAGACAGCGAGUGACCGUUUCCCUUAACACGAGAUAGGCCAGAGCGACGCCAUGGGGCUUUGGGGUCUUUAAAUUUUAAAUUACUCUAAUGUCGUAAAUGAUAUAUCCUCCUCCUUCCAUGACCCCUAAAUAUUUGGACUUGAAAUUACUGUGUUUUUAAAAUUCGAAGAAAAAAAGACUCGGUACAGAAAUACAGGAAGUCUGUGCCAUUUUCUUCACAGAACCCCCGACAGACAAUAGACAACAGGUGCUUUUACCCAGGUGCGAACGAGUCCCUGUCUAAUCCAGCACGCUAUUCAACAAUUGAAUGACCAGUGCUUUGAUACGAAUUUCCCAAUGAAGCGCUAUCGAUACUAACUUCGCACAUAUAAUAACACAAGCCUUUCGAAUGGGGAUGAGUAAGUGUGAGCACUGUAAUUAUUCAAACGAUAGGCUUAGAACUCCGCUGAGAACGCCACUGACAUAUUUUAAGGUUUUCACUGAAACGGAGUCUUUGGACAAACUGAAAUGAAUAGCUACACGACAACUGUGUGAAAUAUAACCGAUUUUGUGCGUGGGGUCCCAGCACACCACCGAAGCUGCGCGUUCUCAGUGCAAUUGACAAGAGGAGAACGACGGUGCAUAUGCUAGGUAAAAGCGCACUCCCAAGAGAAGGGAGGAGGGAAUGUGCUGAAUGACUCAGGAAAUGAUUUGUUUAAAACAUUGUACUUUGUAUAUCUUUAACUACUUCUCCAUUUUGUGUUUUGUGGCUCGCAGUGCAGUCGGCGGCGGGGGUUGUUUAGCAGGUGACGCUCGGGAAGUUCAUGCUAAGCCUGCCGACAGCCACUGCCGACUGCCAUUGUGCUGGUGGAGGAUCACCUCAGUGCCCUCCAACCUCGCUUGCCAGCACCUGGCCCCGCACCAAGGGAACCCCGGUCUUCUUAUCCAGUUCCAGCGCCAAGGAGAAGACCACCAGUGGGGCCUUCGGUGGUAGUGGGGGAAUCGUCCUCUGCUCCUCUCCCUAAUACCCUGUCUCCCCACAACCGCUUCCACGUUCGCCCACAGUGCCCGGAUUCAGAGGUUGCGGUGCCGGACGCCCAGGGGCCGCCUCAGGCGCCUGGGGAGGAGUGCUGGCGUUGCGGUCUGUCCCCUUAUGGAGAUGGAGCCGCAGUCACGGACCCCCCCUUCUGUGGCUACCCGAAACCCAGGAGCCUUCAGAGUGAUGGGCCCCCCAGGGACCCUGAGUGUUCCCGAGACCUUUAAUUCACACCCCCCGCCUUACCCGGGCCCUAAAGCCAAUGGCUCCCGAGCGCAGAAGAACUCACUGCUACAGGCUGAGAGGGAAGUGGAGAUCCUGAACCACUGCUUCGACGACAUCGAGCUCUUCAUCGGAAAGCUGCAGAAAUCAGCCGAGGCCCACAACAUGCUGAACCAGAGGAAGAAGAAGAAGAAGAGCCGCAGGAAAAAGGACGACGAGGAUGACCUGCUCACACUGAGAGCCCGCCCUCCCCCUGAAGAAGAGUUCAUCGAAAUCUUCCAGAAGUUCAAAUACAGCUUCAGUCUGCUGGACCGGCUGAAGCCCUCCAUCAUAAACCCGAACUCUGAGGAGCUCCUGCACCACGUCUUCACAGCCCUGGACCUGAUUGUGAAGACCACCGGAGGGCCGUCUCUGGGGGCGGGCGUGGCCAGUCCGGCGCUGACGGGCGGGGCCGUGGCGCUGCUGCAGGACAGCCUGACGGACGAGGAGAAGCAGCUGUGGACCUCGCUGGGGCCCAACUGGACCCUCCCCCGCUCCCAGCUCGGUGAUGUCCCCCCUUACACACCUGUCUUCAUGGAUGGCUGGAAGCCCGAGGCCUUUGACCCGGAAGGACAACUCUGGGAGGAUCCCUUAGAGUUACAGCACAAGCAGGAAGCACUGAAGCAACGGCAAACAGAAGCAGAGUCGGCCGCCCAGCACAAACCAGCAGGCCACUAUGCUGAUGAAAUGGACAGCCCAGGUCUGCCCCCCGAAGGAGAGAGGCUGUACUGCUGCAGCUACGACUUUGUGGCUCGGAACAGCAGCGAACUCUCGGUGCUGCACGGAGAGACGCUGGAGGUGAUUGAGUCGUCGAAACGCUGGUGGAAGUGUCGUAACCGCUAUGACCAGAUCGGCUUCGUGCCCUUCAACAUCCUGGAGCCUCUCUCAGCCGUGAACGACGUACACAAGGCCAGUGCUCUCACACCGUCUAAGAGGAAUACUCUGUCUCCCCUGAUGAACACGGGCUUCGCCUAUAACCCCCCUAGCCCCUCCUACAUGAGCUCCAGCCCCACGGCGCUGCACCCCUACAGUACCCCAGGGACCCCCACCGCAGAGGACGGGGAGAGAGGGAUGGCGGUGAACGAUGAGCUCUUGCAGAGACUGACCAAUGGGAAGGCCGGCUCCUCUCGCACCCUGGUCAUCCCCCGGACCAGCGACACCUCCGCCCCCCUCGACUACCACUCCCCACCCGCCGAGGUGGCGGAGUGGCUGAGGGGGAAGGGCUUCAGCAAGACGACGGUAGGCUGUCUGGGAGUGCUGACCGGAGCGCAGCUCUUCUCCCUCAAUAAAGAAGAGCUGCGCGCCGUCUCGCCAGAAGAGGGCGCCAGAGUCUACAGUCAGAUCAUGGUUCAGAAGUCCCUGUUAGAGGACGUCCGUAGGGCCUCCGAGCUGGAGUCGGUGAUGCAGAAGCAGAAGAUGAAGGUCGACCUGAAAAUGGAGAGCAGCACGCUGUGACUCAUCCCAUCUGCACCCUGACCAGCUGAGGAGAGGACAAGGACUACUACUCUGACAGGAAAGACAACGACUACUGCACUGACACAGGAAAGACAACGACUACUGCACUGACACAGGAAAGACACAGACUUCUGCUCUGACACAGAGAAGGCACUGACAGACUGAUCACUAUAAUGACACGGCGAGGACACUCGACAAAUUACUCACUGCACUGCAUAGAGACACUGACAUUCUGUACUGACAGACCGUACACUGACACACUUCUCUGACUGAGAGAACUGUCCGAUAUGCAACAGCGAUAAUGACACGAUAAAACUGAAACACUUAACUCAGACGCUAAACAGCACUGUCUCUAUACUGACCAAUGACGCGCUGGUGACGAAGCUAACACCGCCACACUUUAUAGUGACGCAGAGACACCGUUAAUCUUCAGUCUGCCUCUCGUCUGGUCUAUGCUUCCUGCAGGCUCUGUACUAAACAUGCUCUCAACAUGGCAGCACACUGUGCGAUGAUCCCACAAUCCCCUGCUGGCCCUCCGACCAUUCAGCAGUACCAGACCCCUCCUUAUAAAAUCCCUUUUGUGGGUUUAUAUAUAAUAUACUACUAAUAACAUGGGCUCAUUUAUGACACGUUCAUUUUAAUUAUAUUCAAAUAAGUGUUACUUUCGCUCUGAUUGUGUACUGCUUUAACCUUUUGCUGAACCGCUCACGAACAAAUGCCGUGAUGCUAAAGCAAUAAAAACCUCAAAAACGAA